UUAUGAGCUUGUACUGUUAAGGCUUCCCCUUAUUCUACACAAUUUACUUUGCGUUGUUCAAAAACCUCUUAGGCAAGGCUUGCCUGGCAUUUUUUUUGUAGCAUCCGAUUCUUAGUCCCUUUGGUAAAAGAUUUUUAAAACCAGCAAGUCAUUUGGCCAAUUCAUUUGGCCGUUUAAGCCUCAAAAAGUUAGCGGUAAAUACAACAAUAGUGCGGCGACUGGGAAACCCGCAGCGGAUCGAUGAUCUCUACGGACGGUGAUAAGGUUCGGUACAGAUCUAUUUCGGUCUGUUCGAGACUCGACGAAGAGGGCACGGCGGAGGACGGGUGUAGAAAGGUGGUCGGGGAUGUGGACCACCCAAAUAAAGCCGAGAUAAUAACGCCUUAUCGCAGUUCAGGGACAGUCGGCGGAUGUUCACCGGGGCAAUCAAUUAGCUGGCACGAACUGAAAAUUAGCAAACGUUGACGUUGACCGUCGAUAGUAGCCCUACGACACCCCUCUUCGCAGACGAAUCUCCCGUUGUCUCUCUGCGCCCCAGCCUCCGCCGCCUCUGACUUAUCGCUCAAGCCAAGGGCUAUCGGUAUGCCCCGGUCGCCUUUCCUGAUAGACAUCGCAGGCAACAUUGCUCUGAGGAAUGGAUCGGAUGCGGACCAACACCCUCAGACGUCCAGCGACCGGCGAUCAAAGCCGACGCACCAAGUAUUAAGACUGUGGUGAAACCGUAAUGAAAUCCGAUUUAGUAAUGAAAACCCAGGUAUUCUGAGUUUACACCACAACCCAAGGAAAGCCACUAUGCCAAACGUCCGUAUCGAUCGGGACUUUCUUAAUUGAACUUAUAGUGCAUACCGCGAUCGUCCGCCGGAUAUUGGCAACUAAGUAUUAUGCUUUCGCUGCUGCCACACCACCCGCUCGUCUGCCGCUGCUGCCUGCUUGAGCAGCCGCCGCUCUACCACAGUCUCCAUGACUGUUCUAGUCAAUUGGCUGUCGAGCUAAAGGCCCUGGCUCCCGCCUUGCGUCUGGACCCGGGCGACAACCUCACCGACGUGAUCUGCGACCUCUGCCUUCGUCGCCUGUACGACGCCCGCGACUUCCAGCGGCGGUGCGAGCACUCCGAGCAGGUGCUCCGCAUGCGGCACGAGCACUGGAAACACACGGUGGCCGUGGGAGACGCCUUGGCCCUGGACGAUGUGCUCGAAUGCCUGGAGCGAGAAGUGGGCAGCCUGGAGGGACCGAUGGCCAUGCCGCUGCAAACAAGCAAGCCGGUAGCCUAUGUGGCGCCCUUAAUGGAGACCGUUGAUUUUGAAAGCCUGGACUUCCAGGACAGCUCCCCCAGUGAGCAUGGGACUCCCUCGUACUGGGAAUCGUCGGUUGAUUCAGGCAGCCUUAACACUCCGCAUCACCAACCGGAGACUGCCGAGCUCUUUGCAGUCGAACCUCCCACGCCCCCGGAAUCAUCCGAAGAACAGAAAAGCCCAGCAGAAAAGCCCAGAGAGCGGAGAGCCAGGCCGCGCCAGAAAAACCCCAAGCCUAAGGAGAAGGCCGCUGGUAGCUUGCACCCGCGAUCCUUGCACCCGUGCGCCGAGUGCGAAAAGAAGUUCACUCGUAACUUUCAACUCAAGCUGCACAUGACAGCUGUGCACGGCAUGGGCGAGAUGAGGUACCAAUGCGAGGAGUGCGGCAAGAACUUUGCCUCGCGGCACAGUCUUCGCUACCAUGUGAAGUCGGUGCACUCAACGGAGCGCCCAUUCGGAUGCCAGCACUGCGAGCGACGCUUCGUCUUGCGUACGCAGCUGCUGUCCCAUCUUCGCACCCACACUGGCGAAGCCAAGCCGCGCAUAUUCGAGUGCCAACGCUGCUCAAAGAGCUGGCCCACCAAGUCCGACCUACGCACCCAUAUGCGCUCCCACAACCCCAACAUGGAGCGGCCCUUCAAGUGCGAUCGCUGCUCGAAGGCCUUCUUCACUCGUGGCCACCUCAACUCGCACCUGCUGGUACACACCGGCGAGAAGCCAUUCGCGUGCGAGUACUGUGACAAGUGCUACCAGAGCGUUGGCAACCUGAACAAUCACAUGGUGCGCCUGCACGCAGAGAUCAUCGAGGCCCAGUUGGAGACGGAGGGUAUCGAGAGCUGAGGCCCACACAUCCUAGGAAGAGGCUGCAUCAAGUAUUAGGGGCGCUGGAGGGGCAAUUACACCGAGUCCACCACCUAUAACUCUUACAUUACAGUCAAUAAUAUUUAUAUAAUAUCAUUUUUUGGCAAGAGGUGAAUUAACUCCUAACACCACUCUUUAGAGUUACAUAUUCAUUCCAAGCUGUCAAAAUAUUCAUACUAUUUUCUUAUUGAAUCAUGCAUUCAAAUCAAUGCCAAAUU